AUGACUGGGGUUCAACCCACAGAUUCGUCCAAAGAGUUGGCAAUAGCUCGCCAAAUCCUCAACUAUAUCAUGUCUCCAUCCAACGCAAAUAUUGCUUUACCAUUCAUGUAUCGGAUUGAUGCUCAAGCUUUGGAUCUUCCUAAAUACGAUGAAAUUGUGCGUUUUCCAAUGUGGCUGGGAAAGAUUCUCGACAAAUUGGAUCGUAAUAAGUACCCAGGUCUGCGGGAAUUUGUUUGCGACUUUCGGCUCAUCUUGGUCAACUGCUUCCGCUACAACGGCGUCUCUUCUCGAAUGGGCCGAAUCGCUGAGAAAUUGGAGACUCUAUUUGAGCAGAAAUUGCAAUUACUUCCUCUGGAGUUGCGGGCCAAAACAUCUCUCCACGCCAGUCUGGGCUGCGGAUCUGCACACAACGAAACCAACGAUAAUGAAAUCGUUGUGCACCUAGGUCCCAUCCGUCGUCGUGCCAGUACUCGUCACUAUGGCGGCAACCUAGAUUCACAGAUUUCUCAUCCCGUGCGCGGUCUGAUGGAGGAGUUGGAACACUCGAUGCCGUUGCAAGAGAUCGGUGGUGGUGGAACGAGUUUUUCCGCUGGUCCCUCAUCCACUAACUUCGCCACCGCUUUCCUCUACGAGGCGUCGCCGGGUCUACCAGUGACUAGUGCCAAUAGUUAUGCUCUGCUAGUGGCACGUCUCACUGAAUGGCAACGUCGGCAGCACGAAGCCGACUUGGUGGCCAGCUGGAAGGAUUGGUGGCAAUCAAACACGCAGGCCAGGGCGCACCUAUCUCAGCUGAGAAAGUGCCCUCAAUUUCUGCAAGCCUUCCAACUGCUCUGGUUGAUGGAUCACUUCCUUAAGUUCAGUGAUGCAAUGGGAGUGGGCACCACGCUCUACCACGUCGUUGCAGCUGCCUUCCAUGGUGACUCAGCGAUGGAGUCUGCCAUGCUGCCCCUAACUACCGCCUCCUCCUCAUCUCUCCGUCGGUUCUCCCUCACUGAGCUCGAGUUAGGCUUGUGUAUAGCACCUCAGGCCUCUCUCUGCCUCUCAGCUUGCAUUUCUAGGCUCCUCCAUACUCCACGCGAGCGAGAUGCCGUCGAUUCUGCCAUUUUAGCCCUUAAAAAAAGGCAGGAACAACAGCGAAUCGAAGUCGUUAACAAUGGAGUAGCAUCAGUGGCUUCGGCAAUAUUGGCGGAAGGGGAUGAAACUGAAGAAACAGGAGAAACAGGCGAGGAAAGCACGCGAUUAGCCAGCAGGCGGUUGCAAAACUCACAUGUGAAUACAGUAAAGACACUAGCAGUGCCACCUUAUGAGGUGUGGGAGCGGCGUCUGGCCGAGAGACUUGCUCAAUUAUAUCAGGACAUGCCUCCGGAGAAGAGGACUGAGGAUCCUGUUCGGCUGGAGCGACGUUAUGGCAUUUCUCAGACUUUUUUCAAUGUCUGUGGCAAAGAUCAAAGCCCCUUAGAAAGUAAACGGUUCCAUGAGCUGACCGCCGAACAGCAGGCUCACAUUCUAUUUGCUCUUGCCUCCAAUGUUCUGCUUUCCAACGGCAACUUUGGACUUGGUGAGAACCUUCGCUCCUCUAUGGACAAGCACUUUGUCUGGACAGCCACACGUCCCACUCUCAUCGGCUUCGAUGCCUUUCGAGGUCUCACGUUUUUCCAUUUUCCUGAGAUAAUGCUUUCGGAAGCACCGCGUAUUAUGCAGUAUCGUUUUCCCCUGUCCGACUUCCUUGAUGACGAUUACUUUUCUUCACCGUCUUUGGACGUUCCGACCUCACCACUUCCGACACUUGAUACCUGCGUCUUGAUCCCUGGUGCAGUAGGUCGCUUGCCCACUUGGAUGGAGCCUGAACUGGCUCAGUUUGUCCGUUCCCAUCUUUUGACCCUCAUGGAACGGGAGAUAGAGAUGGUAGGCGCUCGUUGUAGCAAGCAGCGAGAUAGCAGCAAUAACCGCAAAGCCUUGAAGAAGGUGAGAUCAAAGAUACGAAGUCUCACCUUCCUCAUGGAGCCAUUCCAAAGCAUCGAGAAGGAUUUUAAGGCGGUGAAGGGAAAGGCAAAAGCAAAAUCAAAACGAAAGAAGGUGUUAGAAUUCGCACAGCCAGGUAUUGAUUUGAAGUUGGCCGACUUUGCAUUUGUGAAUAAGAUCAGUUGUGGCAUGGUUCCAGCAUCGGCGGUGUACGCUAGGAAAGCUGGAGGUCAGUCGUCAAGGGGCUCUUUACGAGCCGUAGAGAGUUCUGCCUCUCUGGCCGAGUCCACGGCAACCCACACGAAUACCUCAGAGGCUCCCACUCCGAAUCCCUCCAAAUUCUUCCAGGAUGAAGAAGAGGAGGAUUUAAAUCCCCCCGAAUCGCUCAAUCAUUCCGGAGAGGAGGACGGAAAUGGAAUAGAUUCUCAGUCUAACGGAUUGUUAACAAAGGACAAUUCCGACAUUGACUGCAAUGAUAGUAGUGGUAGCACCACCAGUACAAUCCCCUUUCGCGAAACCUCAGAUGAUGGGAGAAUGACUCCCUCUAUCGAUGAACUGAAAAUGGAGGAUAAAAACGCUGCGGUAGCAGGAUCGGUGAUUGAAGAUUCCGUGGAUUCACAAUGCAACGGUUUCGGCACUGUGAAAAGGGAGGAAGACCUGAAGGACGUCAGAGAAACCGGGGAGAGUGACUCGGUCACUUUUACCAAUGAGCGAGACGACAUCGGUGGUUGUGGUAGAGUCAAGGAGGAGAUGAUUGGGGAUAAAAAGGCCAAAGAGGUUGGGGAGUUGAUUGCCAAAGCUGUAGAGAGCGAGGUCGACACGAGUCACUGCUUUGACACUGUGGUAUAUGAUCUGGAAUCGUUUUACGUCUUUCAAAGCGACAUUGCUUCGCGUCUUGCUACGGGUCGGCGGUUAUUGAAUGAGCUAUCCACCGCCUGCGAAACUGUAGAGAGCAGUUAUACAAUGGGCACCGCCGCAUCGGCUGAUAAUGCUGAUUGCUCCGAUCUCCGUGCUGUUAUCGAUCGAAUCGCUGUAGAGUUGGGAGACGCAGUGCUGAAGCGAAUCGAAUCUGAUCCGCAGUUGGUGGUGGCUUUGCGGCAGCAGCAUGUCGAGAAGACGGAAGCUGAGCAAGUGAGUGCGGAAAAACCAAGAGGGAUGGAUGAGGACGCAGUUGCGGCUAAACUAUCGAAAAAUCCGCACAAACGUCGAAAAUCGGGUCUGACGUCUACACGACCACGUAAGUCAGCUCGCAAGUCGAAAGCGGAGGCAACGACGGGGACAGCAUCAGGAGCGAUGGAGGCGGAGGUUGAAGCAGAGUCAAAACCCACCUCCACUGCGCGGCAGCUUUUGCGUUUGCACGAGGAAGCAUUGGCUUCAUUGACCGAGUUGACGAACUCCUUGAGUGCCCUGGAGGCGAAAGCGAAGUCAAAUGAGGAAGAUCGUCUCGCCGCUGAACGUCUGACGGGACUACUGCUCCGCAAGGACAUAGAAACUCGUCAGGCCAAGCCAGUGGAGGUCAGUUUUGGUGUCGGAUACACGAUUGCUAGACUAUUCUAUAUUGCAUUGAUUCGUCUGAUUCGUCCCAAUCUCUUGUCCAUCAUACGAUUUCCUAUCCUCGCUUUUCUGAAGUUGUUCUAUAGAAAAAACAAGACGAAACCACGGGUGUCAGUAACAUCACCGACACCACAGACUCAGACUCAGUCCCAACCACUUUCCCAAUCGAGGCCAUCGAUACCUCCGAUAGAAAACCGUGUCAUACCACGUCAUCCUCUCCGUCCCCUUCACCCAUCCAUUAUCUCUUCUUCCACAACCCGAUUUCAUCUUUCUCCGUCCCCGUCAAUGUCACGCCUUCCCACCCAUCCCUCUCCAAUCUUUAUUCGGCGUGCACCACCACCGCCAGCGCAGCAGUCAACGCAUCGGCCACGAAGGAUAUUUCGCUUCUAUGAUACCCUCUUUACGGAAGAGGGACGACCAGUACGACUUGAAGCAAAUGGAGCUGUAGUGUAUAUUCCACCAGAAAGUGUUCCCCUCGGUCAUCGACAGAUGGCGAUGCAGAUGAUUGAACGUUUUCGUGCUUCCGCUGCCGCCGCUACCGCCACACCACCUUCGUGA